AUGGUUAGCCCCUUCGCCAGACGAUGGAUCCUGGCCUACGUGUCCUUCUUUGGUUUCGUGUUUCUGUACGCCACCCGUGUCAACAUCAGCGUGGCCAUCAUCUGCAUGGUGCGGUCGGCGACGUCCAACUCCACAUCAGAAGACAACAGCACUGCACUCAAUGUAACGUCGAGUUCCGGAAAUAUAGUGGAUGAAGCAUGUGGGAUAUUGGAACAGGCUGUCUCCACCACACAGAGAGGAGAGUUUGACUGGGACAAGCCCACCAGGUCUCGUAUUCUCGCUAUGUAUUUCUAUGGCUACAUUUUCACACAAAUACCCGGAGGGUGGCUGGCAGGACGAUACGGGGCUCGCCGGGUGUGGGGACUUGGGAUGUUCGUGAACGGACUUGGGACCAUUCUCACUCCUGUCAGUGCUCGUCUGAAUCUGUAUGUUUUGUAUGCACUGAGAUUCAUCAUAGGAUUUGCAGCGGGCGUGUCAUUUCCUGCUACACAUUCACUAUGGGGGAGAUGGGCGCCUCCCCUCGAGAGAAGCAAACUCAUGUCGGUUUGCUAUGCAGGACCACACGUGGGCACUAUCGUCGCAUUCGCACUGUCUGGGUACCUCUGUGCCAACGGGUUUGACAACGGCUGGGGAUCCAUAUUCUACGUCUUUGGUGCUGGAAACUUGGUGUGGUUUGGUCUGUGGAUGUUGCUGUCUGCUGACAAUCCCCGCAAACAUAAAUUUAUAUCUGAGAAGGAGAUUGCUUAUAUCGAGAAGAAGAUAGGCUAUAAGACGAACGUUAAGACUCGAUCGACCCCAUGGUUGGCUAUGGCCAAGUCCGGACCUCUGUGGGCCAUCAUCCUGGCUCAUAUGUGCAACAACUGGACCAAUUAUACUCUCAUCACUGUCCUCCCUACUUUCAUGAAGGAAGUUCUCAAGUUCGACAUCCGCCAGAACGGAGUGAUAUCCUCCCUACCCUAUGUCUGUCAUUCUGUGGUGGCAGUCCUGGCUGGUCAGUUGGCUGACUACGUGAGAGCCAGAACCCAACUCGGCACCACAAAGGUCAGGAAGAUCUGGCAAAGCACAGCGUUUCUAUCGGUUGCCGUUUUCCUGGUGGCAACAGGCUUUGUGAAGUGUGAAAACAGGAUGGUCGCAGUCGUCUUCCUGUGUGUUGCUGUUGGAUGCAUGGGAAUAAGCAAAGGAGCAUAUCUUGUGAACCAUGUCGACAUAGCUCCCAAGUAUUCUGGUGUACUAUUUGGAAUAACCAACACAGUGGCUACUGUACCGGGGAUGAUAGCCCCUCUAGUAGCUGGGGCCCUCACUCCUAACAAAACUGCCGAGGAAUGGCGUCUCGUGCUGUAUAUAUGUGCGGGAUUUCUGGUGGCAGGUGCGCUCAUCUUUGCCAUCUUUGCAAGUGGGGAGCUCCAGUCAUGGAACGACCAUGAUGCCAUAGAGCUUGAAGUCAUCAAGGACAAGAACACACAUAAAUAUGUCGUCAUUGAAAAUAUCAAGGAACCAGGAGAAGAACACUAGAUACGCCGUCAAAUACGUUACCAGUGCUUCUUUGACAAUGGUUCUUAUGCCACUGACCCUCCGUGACACCAAAAUUUGGUGACAGAUGCCUUUAUCAAACGCAUGGCUGGGUGACCAACGCGGAUUAUGUAACCAAAACAAGCAAAGUAUCCACGUGAUCGAGGUUACUAAAGAUUUUAUUAUUCUGAAGAUGUAUCAUAAAGAUUCUAUUAGGAAUAUAUUUCUUAAUCGAAUAUAUUUAAAAAAUAAAGGACAAAGGCAAUGCCAAACGACUA